UGGAGCCCCUUCAUCCAUACUUCUGAAGAAUAUUUCGAAAAAAUCAGUUUACAUUUAGCGCUCGUCUUAUAAAAACGUGUUAGCGGAACAAUACAAGCAAUCCACAAUCAACCCCUCACAUCUCGCGUCCGCGCCGUACAUUAAAUAUAAACAUACAUUCGUAUAAAACGCCGAAUAUACAAGUCGAAAGAAAAUACAACGAUACCUACAUACAUACUUCUAAAUUUUUGGUUUUUGGGGGUUUAUUUUGUUUGUUGUUGGUUUUUUAUCUGUUGUCUCAUUCAUUAAUGAGCAGCAACAGCAACGACAGCAGAAGAAACAGAUGAUAUAAGGCUACUGUUUCCUCUAUAUAUGCAUUCCAAAUUAGCAUUCAAGCCGUUGGUUGCUUUGGGAAAACAUUGAAACCGAAUCUGCUUGCAGCAGCAGAGUGUGAAUGAACGAAAAACCCAAAAGUUUAAUUAUUUUGUGAGAAUUUCCAUUAAUUGAAUAAACGAAAAAAAAAAGUUAAAAAAAAAAAUAAAUAAAUAAUAAAAGAAGAAAAAUCUAGAAAAAACAAACGCCAGUAGCUAACCACGUAUCCUUUUUGUACUUGUGCAACCUUUCAGAUACCGAGCCAGUGGACAAAAUGACCAGUUACGACGAUAUAUUGCAAAGAUGCCGCACAGCUUUUGCCAAUGGAAAAACACGAGACGUAAGCUUCAGAAAGAAACAACUCGAAAAUCUUUUGCGCAUGUAUGAGGAGCAUGAAAAUGAUAUGAUCAAUGCCUUGGACGCUGAUUUAAGGAGGCCCAAACAGGAAAGUUUGGUUGCUGAAACAGAAUUUUUGAAAAACGAUGUCAAAAAUAUACUCUACAACAUCGACGAAUGGGUUAAACCUGAGCUGCCAUCCAAAUCUAUGGUCAACGUAUUGGAUGAUGUACAAAUCUACAAAGAUCCCUAUGGCGUAGUCUUGGUUAUUGGAGCCUGGAAUUAUCCAUUGCAGCUUUUGUUGGUGCCAGUGGCAUCGGCCAUAGCUGCUGGCAAUUGUGUUGUCAUCAAACCCAGUGAAGUAGCAGCCAACUGUGCGAAAUUUAUACAGGAAACCCUGCCAAAGUAUAUUGACAAUGAAUGUUAUCCCAUCAUUUGUGGUGGAGCUCAAGAGACAUCAGAAUUGUUAAAGCAACGCUUCGAUUAUAUUUUCUAUACGGGAUCAACGCGUGUGGGCCAAAUUGUCCAUGCGGCAGCCAACAAAUAUCUGACACCAUGUACCUUGGAGUUGGGAGGCAAGAGUCCUUGUUAUGUUGACAAAUCUGUCGAAUUGAAUACAGCUGUCAAGCGUAUUUUAUGGGGCAAAUUAAUGAAUUGCGGUCAAACCUGCAUUGCCCCCGAUUAUGUGCUAUGUUCCAAAGAAACCGAAGUUGAGUUCAUCAAAGAAGCUAAACAAAUUCUUAAAGAAUGGUAUGGUGAUAAUAUUAAAGAUAGUCCCGAUCUCAGCCGUAUUAUAAACAAAACCAAUUUUGAUCGCCUCAUGGGCAUGAUGAAACAUGGCACAAUUGCAGUUGGUGGCAAUUCUAAUGCCAAUGAGCUCUUUAUCGAACCCACAAUUAUUGUAGAUGUUAAGCCCGAUGAUCCUGUGAUGCAAUCUGAAAUUUUUGGUCCCAUCUUGCCUAUUGUCAGCGUUGAAAGUGCCUAUGAGGCAAUCAAAUUCAUCAAUUCGAGGGAAAAGCCGUUAGCGAUUUAUGUGUUCGCCAAUUCGCAGAAAGUUGUUAAACAAUUUAAAGAUAAUACUACGAGUGGUGGAUUUUGCAGUAACGAUACCAUAAUGCACAUCUCAGUCGACACACUGCCCUUCGGAGGAGUUGGAUUCAGUGGUAUGGGCAGCUAUCAUGGUAAAUAUACCUUCGACACAUUUGUCCAUAGGAAAUCAUGUCUGGGUAAAAACCUCAAAGCUUUAGGUGAAAAGCUAUCCUCUGGACGUUACCCUCCCUACUCGGAACGUAAAGCGAGCAUUUUGAGUUUCUUGUUGCGCAAACGCCGCCCUCUGCCAAAUCUGUAUCUGUCACACAUUUUCGUCUUUGGCUUGGGCAUUGGUUUGACAUUCCUGGUGAAUCACUAUAUGCAGGGCAAACUGUUGUCGCGUUAAGAAACAUCAAACUGCACCAAAAUUUAAAUCAACUACCACCACCACCACCUUAAUAAGAACUGCCACAGUUUGUGUGCGUGUGUCUAGUGGAGGCGGCAUUCUAAACCACAUAUAGAUCAUAAGUUUUUGUAUGUCUGGCGGCAAAUAACUAUCUCUCUAUCGCAUACUGUAGCACAUGGCAUGUUGGGUACCUCUAUAUAGUAUAUCUAGCUCCCCUUUCCCACCCCCACCACUUUGAAAACAACAUUUUAUCUAAUACUACUAUUAGUUUUAGUUUUAAACCCCCCCAAAAAAGAACUUACCACUUACAUAUAUAAUGUCUGGUCAUCACUUAAUCGGGGACAUUAAAUUUAACAUGGUAUUCUUUGCUGUAUGUUCACAAAUGCUUGUCCGUUGAUUGUAGAGCUCUCGUGUUGAACAAUUGUUGCAGCAUUGUUUCUGAUCCAAAUUUUGUUUCUAUUAUU